AUGUCUUUUCUUUUGUUAGCAAUUCUGUCUUUAUUUUUUACACCUAUCCGCUCUUUUAUUAUUUCACUUUUAUUUCCAGAGAAAAACGAGAAGAAUGGAGAAUCACCAUCCCAUGACCAGGUUGCUGAGCUUACCGGCAGUGUUUGGGGACGGUUGUCCGUGUUUGAGCACAUCGAGCAAGGAUUGAAGAAGAACCCAGAUGGCCUGGCUGUAAUCUCCAUGUUCCAGCCUGCCGAUUUUCUGAAUGAACUGGUAUCGAAUAAUGAACGGGCACUUCAUCAAUCGAGCGGCGACAUCUAUCUUUACAAUCGACCUCUUGAACAGCGCUCAUGUCUUACCCUGACCUAUCGCCAGCUUCACCACGCCUCCUUGAAAAUUGCCGCUGGUCUGCUAGCGGAAGGCGUUCAACCCAACAGUACGAUGGUUAUGAUCAUCCCCAACGGUGCCGAGUAUACGAUCCUCUUAUGGGCAUGCGUCUUGCUUCGGAUUACCUACGUCAGCCUGGACCAUUCACUACUCGAUAUUUCAGGUUUCACUCAACUUAAGCAACUACUACAGACCCUGAAACCACAACUAGUCGUUGCACCUGAUGUCUCGAGUGGGAAGUUUCUUCAAGUUGCCAUGUCUGAGUUGCAAUUGCCCCGACCCAUUCAAAUAUCCCUCACACAUUCCGGAACCGCUGGCUGGAUGUCUCUGGUAGAUAUUGCAGCUAAGGCGGUAAAAUUUCCAGCUGAUGAAUCUGCCAUUGUAUCUGCUGCAAGACAUGACGAUCCAAGGCGCAUUCACUCCAUAAUGUUUACUUCCGGCACGUCCGGAAUUCCAAAAGGUUGUCCAUUACUUGUAUCAGGCAUGUCGCAUGUUCUCGAAUCUCAAGCUUGGCUCAUCGAUAAUGAGGCCGGUAUAUUUGCCGUUCAACAACCACAUAAUUCGAGAGGGAUAGCUCCUGCUCAGACUUUGCAGACCUGGAAAGCCGGCGGUGCUGUAGUCAUGACAGGACAGAAUUUCAGCAUCCGUGAUUCUCUCGAAGCGAUCAAGCAGUUUGGGGCGACAUUUAUCGUGCUCACACCUCCUAUGGUUAAUGAGAUGGCAGUCGAGCUUGCCGCACGGCCUGUGGAUGUUAGAUCUGUGAAGAGAAUCCAAGUCGGUGGCGAUGCAGUCACCAAGGACAUCAUGGUAAAAUGUGCAGCAUUAUUCCCGCAAUCUCAAAUUUGCGUAAACCACGGAAUGACGGAAGGGGGAGGAUCCUUUAUUUGGCCGUUUUUUAAGAUACCUCCUUCAAAUAUCCCAUUCUUUGGCGAGAUAUGUCCUCUCGGUAUGGUCGCCCCUGGCUCUUCAAUUCGUCUCUGGGAUAUAGAAAAGAAUUGUGUAGCGAAAAGAGGUCAGUUUGGGGAGCUUCAUAUAUCGAGUCCUAGCAUCAUCUCCCAUUACCUGGGUGGCAGAUCUGAGAAGUCAUUUUAUAAUGAUAGCAAGGGGAGAUGGUUUAAUACCGGAGACAUUGCAAUUGUCGAUCGCGAAGGGCUGGUUUAUAUCCUUGGAAGGAGGAAAGAUCUCUUGAAGUGUGCAAGCGUGCCAAUCAUGCCCGCCGUCAUCGAGAGUUCUAUUCAAGCCCUUACCGGCGCCGCAACUAUAGUAGUGCCAGUUCCACACCAUGUACUUGGUGCUGAGCCGUUUGCAGUGCUAAGUUCAUUCAACGGAAGAACCGAGACACAGAUCAAGGAACAUAUACGGGCUGAGUUUGGUAAAGAUUACGCUCUUGGGGGGAUCGCUUCGUUGAAGGAAAUUGGGAUGGUUGAGUUUCCUGUCAACCAAACACACAAGAUCAUCAAGUCGGAGAUCCAGGCCGCAGUUCUGGAUAAAUUCAUCAAAAAACGCGACAGAGUCUAUUGA